CUACGAAUCAGAAACUCUGCGCUCUGUUGAUCUGGAAAUUAUUGAGGAUUGCUUUCAAACAAGUCCACCCCGACGAACAUGAAUGUCAGUGUCAACUUUGCCAAAAAAAUGUCAGAUUCUUCCUUUUAUCUCUUUUGACCUUUCACAAAUGUAAAAACAAACAGUUGUGGUCAGCCCUCUACCCACUAGUAGACAGACCGUGCCUGCAGGAUUGCGAAUCUGAAGAGAAGAAAAGCAAUGAAAAGCCCUACAGUGAUAACCAAAUGUUUUGUCGGGAGGACGGAUUAGAUUGCGAACCUGACGAUAGACAUUUCCCCCAAAAAACAGAAGAUGGCCACAAAGUAAGCGAGUAUACCAUGAAGAGAAAAGGGUUGGGUGAAGCAGUGGUUCUUUCAUUUGAUGACUUUCUACGGAAACUGUUCGGUGUAAAAUGUGAAACAGCAGCAGUUUUAUCUCAAAACUUGUUGGAUAGACCGGUAUUUAUUGAAAAUACGAGCCCGCAAAACGAUAUGAGACAAAACAAAGAGUGGGGAAUCGAUGUGAUCUUGCAAUCUAUGCAGAAUGAGAGGAUCACACUGUCUGUAGACAAACCCACAAUGUCACGUAGAUCGAGCAGGUCAUCAACGUCGUGCCAUUCAAACACGUCCAGUGAGAGAUCAUACUCCAGUAGGCCCACCCAUCGGGAAUGCAGAAAAAGAAAGGAAUCCCCAAGAAGCAGGACAAGACGUUCAAAGCGCAAGGUUUCCAGGCGAAGACAUACUCACGACCUGAAGUGUGUAGUUUUCUCCCCCGAAUCUAAAAUAACCAAAAAGGAAGACGACGAUGCAUCAAGACAUCAUUCAAGACUGGAACAAACGGAAAACAAGAUAAAACAUACAACCUAUGAUAACAAACAGAGUCUACCAGCUCAAGAAUUGAUUGAUUUUUUAAACACGUGUGUCCCUGAUGAGAUUAAAGGUUCUUAUGAAAUUGAAUUCCAGAGGAAAAAUAUGUCACUGAUCCAGAUCACAGACUCUGGAAUUGAGAACAGCGAUGGGGUGAACAGCAACUUGUCAGAAAACCCAAGAUCUCUUACUGGUGUAGACGUAACGGCCAUGGACGGAGAAACGAAUUUGAGAGUGUCGAGUUGUCCAUCUAUUGCUAAGUGCGGGCAGAAGAGCAACGUGGAAUCAGAAAGGAUCUUAUCAGAAGAGAACGUUUGUAGGGAGGAGAAUUCCUUCUCUCUGGCUUGUAGCCAAACCUCUUCUCCAAUCUGUGAUAAUAAUCUGUCAGACGAUGAUGAAUCCCAGGCAUCUUCUUCGCAGACAGGGCUGGAUGAACUUUGUCUUUCGGAUGACAAUGAGGAAGAUCAUGAUCGAGCAAAAAGUGAAAACUCUCCCAAUGAUUGUGACGACUUAAACCCAACAGCAACUCUAAGUGACCGAUCUAUAAGCCGCUCUCAUGCUUCUCUAGAAACAGAUUCAGAAGAUGGAAGAGAAUGUGCAGCAUCAUGUACUUUCCCACCUGCAAAUGUCUUUGCCGUCGACGAAAUCUCAGCGUGUGUGGCUUGUGAUGAUGGAGAAAAAACGACUGAUAAUGCGUCGAGUGUGCCAUCUGAAAUUACAAUGGACCUGGAUUUAGAUAAAAGCGAAGAGGGCAUGGUGCAUUCUGAGUCCGAUAAUGAUAAUGGCGAAUGCAAAGUGCCAAACGUCCCCUCAGUUCUCAAUGAUUCAGGCCUUCCUCAUAGUGGCGGGAUGAGUUUAGCAAAUUGCAGCCCUCUGCAAACAGAAGAAAAGUAUGUCACGGAUGUCACUGAAAGAAAUGUUUGCGAUAAUGAAGAGCAGGAAGCCGAUAGAGAUGCAGCCAUAGAGUUUAGUCCGAAUUCGAAUAGCACUCUAAACGCCAUUCACGACACCUCAGAUACUAGCGAAUGUAGCCUUUAUCCAGACAAUGCAUGCUCCAUCCCGCAAGUUAGUAACACAAAAUCCCCGGAUGUCCUCAGUACGACAGCAGAUGUAAUGUACACGCAUGGGCACAUUAGUGAACAUGACACUCUGGCCUCUGUUGAACCAAUGGAAUCUGAGUUGAUGGAUGAUGGUACCAUCACUUCUAUUUACCAUCACAGCCAUGAUAGUGAAAACCAUAGCAAAAUGAUCCCUAGAAACACCUCCAACCUUUGUAAUUACCCAAAUCACGACUCUGGAAGGACAGGAUCUGCAGGGCUGAGUAAUCGUCCAUUCAUCAUUGAAACCUCUGACCUUACGACAGAUUCUGAUUCAGCUUAUUCAUCUGACUAUGUCCCCAGCCCAGACUGUGCCAGAAUUCCAGAACCGAUGGCCACCUAUGCUGUUAUAAACACUAUUGGUGCAACAACUAGUGGCACUGAAUCAAUUCACACCGAUGAGGAUAAUAUCUUAGAUGAUCUUCGGGAGCCUAUGAGCGACAAUACGCCAAUACUGCAUACUGACGCAAAUACCGAGCCCGAAGCGGCCCAGACUGCAACUGACAACGUGUCCAACGAGGACGCACAGAAUGAUCCAGACUCCCUUGCACAUGGCUCUAACGCUCUAGCUAGAAGCAAUAAUGUUCUAAAUGAACUUAACCUGAGGCUGGACCCCGGCGUCGUUAUUGAUGAUAACGUAGCCGACCUCUUCGAUAGCCAAGACCAGGCAGACAAUGCCACGGAAACGAACCCCCAACCAGCCAGCCAGUUAGAACCGACCCCGGAAGAGCUGGGGAUCGUCACAUCAAAACCAAAGAGACAGGAGUACAGUUACAGAUUACAUCGACUGAGCACGUUUACCAACUGGCCCGACACGCAUCCGCUGAAGAAGGAACUCAUGGUGACAGCUGGUUUUUUCUUUACAGGCCAGGCAGACUGCGUCCGCUGCUACUACUGCGGAGGAGGUGUCAGGAACUGGGAAGUCUACGACCACCCUCUCGUGGAGCACGCCCGCUGGUUUCCCAGGUGUGGAUUCAUCCAACAGACGGUCGGUCAGCCGUUCGUGAACGCAGUCCGGUCGCUGAGACACCAAGACGUGAUCCCAUAAGACGAGACCCGGCAGUCAUGAUACUCAUAAAGGAGGGGUACGAAGAGGAGGCCGUGAUUCAGUCUGCUCGAGAGAUAAAGGAAAAUG